AUGUCAAACAUGAGGACUACCCGCAUCCUCGCCGCAGGGAAGUCUGUGAGGCGGCCCACGCCCGAGGACCGUCUCCAGCGGAAGAUGGAAGCCAGAGCAGCAGCAGCAGCGGCGGCGGCGGCGCGCUCGACGCCGUCUCCCGCGGCUGCGAAAGCGGGUGAAGCGACCCCUCCGCCACUGACAGCCCUCCUCACCACAAGCCCAAAACGAUCGCGAUUGCUCCCGGCGGCGGCGGCGGCGGUAGUCGUGAAGAGGCAGACCGGUUCUGCCGCAUCUGUAACCACCGUCGAAGCGGCUGCCGCAUGGCCAUCAUCGACUGACGAUGACGAAGGCGCCAUCAAGACCAAAGUCAUGGGCGGGGCGGCUUCUCGGGAAGAGCCCGACGCCGCGACAGCAGCGAGCGGCACAUCUUCGGAACGCGGCGGUGGCGUUUCUGCAGCGGCCGACGAAGACGAGCCGCGGGGGGGUGACGCGGUCGGGGGCGGCACCCGGCGCAAGGGGGGCGGGGCCGCGAGCGGCGGAGGGAUGUCUCCAGGCAAAAGCGACCGCGGUGGUGCAACGAUCGAGGGCGGCAUGAACGAGCAUGGUAGAGGGAGGUCUGCACCCACCAAUGAAGACAGCAGUCGCGGUGACCACCGACAAGGUUGUGGUCGUACGCACGGCCUCUCGCGACAGGAAACUCGGGCGAACGAUACCAUCGAUAAAUCAGACGCCGCGAUGGGCGGGGACGCUGGUGCGCGAGGCCAUUCGAAACCGCAUUCCGCGGACGGUGACAAUAAACGCUUCCUGCGGCCAUCAAAGCCAGGGGAAGAGGCCCUCCUUCGGGGAGUGCGGGAGGGGCCGUUGAGGGACGCUCUUGCAGCCUUGUUGACCUCUACCGUCAUGGGCGAGGACGGCGGGAGGGUCCUGGCCCCGAGCUUCCCGUCCAUCUCGGCCAUGUGCGAGCUCAAGUACAGCGAGCCGAUCGGCCCACGGCAGGCGUCUGCCGUAGAGAGGGUUAUUCUUGCAAGGUCCGUGAUCUUGUCGUUGGUUGUUAGCAUCAACCUCGCAAACAGGCUGGCCAACGACAAGACGUCAGUGCGGUGCACGGUUUUCCAUGCAGGCCUGGCGUUCUCCUUCGGUUUCCCUUUUGUCUCUUUUCAUUGUUUUUCUGUGCUAUGUAUGCCACGGUACGGUUUUCCAUUCAGGCCCGGCGUUCUCCUCCGGUUGAGCCUGGCGGGAAAAAGGAUCGGAGACCGAGGAGCCAUGGCGCUUGCCCCGGCUCUGGCCGCGGUUCGGAGUGUCGACCUGCGAAGCAACAACAUCGGCGACGUCGGAACGACAGCGAUAGCUUCGGCGCUGCGUGAGGCCGCGGUGACGGUUCGGCUCGGCGGGGCAGCGGCGGGAGCGAAUCACACAAAGAACAGGUCGUGUAUCCUGGAAACCCUUAGCCUUGCCGGCAAUCGGAUCGAGGACGCGGGAGCUGCGGCUCUGAGCGAUAUGCUGGAGGCGCAAGACGAAAACGACAAAGAAUCGACGAUAAACCGCCAUUCUUGGGGAAGGAACGCGACGUCGGCGCCCGAGCUGUUUCCACCUCUGGUCUGGCUUAGCGUGGCGGGAAAUCCGGGCAUAUCGGGUGACGCUAGAGAGCGGCUGCUUCAGGCGGGUGUACACCGCCAAGAAAUGCGCCGCCAUAGUGGGUCCGAGAACCAACAACCCUCGAUGGUAGUCAUCGCGUAA